ACAUCGCUUUAAACGGGCGUUUUUUGUUAAUUGUUAAGUCUAUGAAGCGUAUAUUGUAUUAAAACAACCAUAUCAGUUUUAUUUACUGAAAUAAACAUGUAGAAUUUAUUUCUGUCUCCCUAGCAACCGUCCGCCAUAUUUUGUAAUCAACUGGUUGUGUACAUCUCGCGUACAGCACACAGCAUUCGGUUUUCAUCAUGUCUGACGCUGAAGGAGAGGAUGUAAUGGAGGAAACAGAAGCCGAAGAAGCUGAGGAACCCCCAACUGGUGGCGAGGAGGCAGAGGAAGCGGUUGGAGAGGAGGAAGGGGAGGAAGAACAGCAGGAAGAACAAGAGCCAGAAGAGGAAGAAGAGAAGUUACCAGAAGUACCACUUACUGAAGAAAUGAUGCCAGAAUGUUUAUCAUUGCUGUGUAAAACAGGAGAUGGUCUGGCUCACGCAUAUGUAAAGAUUGACAUCAAGGAAAGAGAACUCACUAACAUCAGUCUCCUCAAGUCUUUCAUCCACCUCCGCUACGUGGACGUGAGCAAGAACAAGCUGAAAGAUAUCUCGCCGCUGAGCGCACUAACACACAUGCUGACCUUGAAAGCAGAUGAGAACCUUCUGACUAGUGCACGAUUAGAGGAGAUGCCGUUCCUACAGGUGGCCUCGUUCAACAGCAAUAAAAUCACAAGCACUGAGGGUGUCAAUCAUCCCAUGUUGGAGCAUCUGUCCAUAAAUAACAAUGAAAUCACUAAAAUUACUGGCCUUGAUACUCAGAAGUUGAGUCGGUUACACACGCUCGAAUUGCGAGGAAAUAAAUUGACCACCACAGACGGCAUUGUUCUUCCAAAUUUGAAAAAUCUUUUCCUAGCAGCCAACAUGAUCAAGCAUCUGGAAGGCAUGCAGCAUCUGACGGGCGUCCAGACCAUCCACCUCAGGGAGAACCAGCUCUCACAGCUGGACGGCUUCCGAGAGGAGAACAAGAUGCUGCAGUACAUUAACAUGAGGGGCAACAAUGUGACAGACGUGAAGGAGAUAAAGAAGUUGGCAGUGGUCCCCAUGUUAAGAGCUCUAGUCUUAUCAGAGAACCCAGCGGCGGAAGAAGAUGACUAUCGCGUGGAGGUCCUUAUAGCGCUUCGUAAACUUGAGCGUCUCGACAAGGCAGAGUACACAGAGGAUGAAAGGAAUGAUGCUGAAGAGAUGGCUGAGGCAAGAAAACUAGAGGAGGCGAAUGCAGAGCUUAGAGAUUUAGCAGCUGUGCAUGUGGGGCCUACAAGAUAUCAUAUAACUUUUCGCGAUGAUGAUGAGUUGGAAAAUGCCGGAGGAUGCUCAGAUAGUUUCCAUCAGCCAGGCCGGACAGCAACAGGAAAAUGAAGAACCUACGCCGGAAGACUAACCCCUGUGUUAACCAGCAUGUUGCAUGAGAAGGAGGAAAAUGAAGAUGAUUUUCAUGAGAGUGAGCCCGAGUAAACCAGACAAAUACUAUAAAAUAAGAUUAAGAAAGGGGACUGAAUGUGCACAAAUUUAUUUUGAAACUUUGAAGUUUAGUGCACAACAACCAGUUAAUUUAUUAUCUCUAAAUAAACUUUUUUUGUCUUCUUCCUUUAUUGAUUUCCAAAUAAACUAUUGUUGAAUAGUAACUGCCAUGUGGAUUCAUGAAAUACAUAAUUUAUUACAUGGAAACAAUUGUUUUAAAAGGAACUGUGAUAAAAUUGCAUUAUAUGAAUUUUGUUGAUGUAAUAAAUGAAUUUGUACAAAAUUAAAAAA